UUCAGGCAGAGAAACACGUGUGUCCCCGCAGCAUGAAGUGUUUGAACAACCGGGCUGAGAGCCACCUGACGGGCCGAGUGGAGUCCGAGCUGGACAGCAUGGCGAACGGGGCCUGGGUGAACCAUGGCUACUGUGGAUCCCCUCAACCCCUGCCUCGGGUGGUCAGCACCAUCUACAGCCCGCAGCCCCCCUUCCCGAGCUCCAUGGACAGCAUAUACAAACUAGAUCCCCCGGUCCGGAUCCAGGAGGAACCGUGCGCCUCUGACCAGACUGUGAUGAAGAAAAGAAGAGGCUGCUCCUCUUUUAUCAAAGGGUUGUGGGGCACAGCAUGGACUGAAAACAACUCUAACAACAGGGAAAGGUUUAUCCGCACCACUCUGCGGGAACUGGUGGUCUACUUGGUGUUCCUGGUGGAUGUUUGCCUCUUGACAUAUGGUAUGACCAGCUCGAGCACCUAUUAUUUCACUAAAGCCAUGACCGACCUGUUUGUGAGCUCAGCCAGUCAAGGUGGAGUCACGUUUCAGUCCAUUGGUACCAUGGCGGAGUUCUGGGAUUAUGCCCAAGGUCCGUUACUAGACGGCCUGUACUGGACAAAAUGGUAUAACAACCAGUCCCUCGACAGCGGAGACCAAUCGUUCAUCUACUAUGAGAACAUGCUGCUCGGUGUUCCCCGGAUGAGGCAGAUUAAGAUCAAGAACAACUCCUGCAAGGUCCAUGAAGACUUCAAAGAUGAGAUCACAGGAUGCUUUGACGUCUACAUUGAGAAGAAAGAGGAUGACCUCAGCUUUGGUCUCAUCAACGGCUCAGCGUGGAGCUACCACACAGAGAAAGACAUCAAAGGUUCUGCUUACUGGGGCUUGCUGACUACCUACAGUGGAGCAGGAUACUACCAGGACCUGAACCGGACCAAGGAGGAGAGCGCCAACAUCCUGGCAGAACUGAUGGGAAACCUUUGGCUGGAUCGAGGAACCAGAGCAGUUUUCAUCGACUUCUCAGCCUACAAUGCAAACAUCAACAUGUUCUGCGUCAUCAGGUUGGUGGUAGAGUUUCCAGCGACUGGUGGAGCCAUCCCUUCUUACCAGAUCAGAACUGUUAAACUGAUCCGCUACAUCACCCACUGGGAUUACUUCGUCCUCGGUUGCGAGUUGGUCUUCUGUAUAUUCAUCCUUUACUACGUCGUGGAAGAAAUACUAGAACUGCGGAUACACAAGUUCGCCUAUUUCAAAAGCAUCUGGAACAUCCUGGAUAUUGUUGUCAUAUUGCUCGCCAUUGUUGCAAUUAUCUUCAACAUUUUCCGAACCAUCAAAGUGGACAACCUGCUCGGCUCGCUGCUAGAACAGCCUGAUAUAUAUGCUGAUUUUGAAUUCCUGGCUUUCUGGCAAACCCAAUAUAACAACAUGAAUGCCGUGAACUUGUUCUUCGCCUGGAUCAAGAUUUUCAAAUACAUCAGUUUCAAUAAGACCAUGACGCAGUUGUCCACCACGCUGGGUCGAUGUGCCAAAGACAUCCUGGGAUUCGCCAUCAUGUUCUUCAUCGUCUUCUUUGCCUAUGCUCAGCUGGGAUAUUUGCUGUUUGGAACAGAGGUUGAGUCUUUCAGCACAUUCGUAAAGUGCAUUUUCACACAGUUCCGAAUCAUCCUCGGAGACUUUGAUUAUGACGCCAUUGACCGUGCAAACAGAGUCCUCGGGCCCAUUUACUUUGUCUCCUACGUGUUCUUUGUUUUCUUUGUCCUACUGAACAUGUUUCUGGCCAUCAUUAAUGACACCUAUUCAGAGGUCAAAGAAGAACUGGCUUCUCAGAAAGAUGAGCUGCAGAUUACAGACCUCAUCAAACAGAGCUACAUGAAGACCUUUAUGAGACUGAAACUUAAAAAAGAAAAAAUAUCGGACGUUCAGAAAGCUCUGCAGUCGGGAUCUAGAGAAAUUGAAUUCGAGGACUUCAGGGAUACUCUCAAGGAGAUGGGCCACGCAGACAAUGAAAUAUCUGCAGCCUUCUCACAGUUUGACCGAGACGGCAACCAAGUUCUUGAUGCAGAUGAACAAAUGAGGAUGAAAAUCGAGCUGGAGGAAAAAAGGGAUGCUGUUAAUGCUGAGCUGAACAACCUUGGAAAGAAUUAUGGAAAAGAGCAUCUGGAGAAGUGUCCCGUCUCAUUCGAGGAUAAAGAGAGUCCCUCAAGUCAAACCUUUGUGGGACAGGAACAGCUUCUCAGGCUGACCAGACAGGUUCUCCAGAUUGAAUCAUCCGUGGCAGGUCUCACAUCCAGGAUUGACCUGAUCAUGGAGAAACUGGGAUUGGAGAAAAAAGCUGAAGGGAACAAACUGAGAGAGAAGUAGACUGUGUCCGUAAGGAUCAAAAUAUCUUCCUCAGAUGAUCCAGCAACAAAGGUUGAAACGUCAUCCAGAAAACCUGCAAGCUCUGCCAACAACACAUUUAACUCUCACAUGUGACCAACCUCCAGGAAGCAGUCAUGGAUUAUAGUAAUUGGAAUAAGCGAAGACACCGUCUCUAAUUUAGCAGCAACAAGAUGUCAGGAAAUCAUGUGAACACUUUAAAAACGUUUAUAAAUGUAUCGCUUGCCAGGUUUCUGGCUGCAAUAGAGGUUAUACAAAAAACAGAUCAAUAUUUAGUAGGUUUCAAAGCCAUGCUUCCAUGUAAAAACUAAGUACACCCUAUGUUUCAAUAGCUUACAGCACCUUUAGCAGCAGCAAGGUUUAUUGUCACUUCCAGCACUAUAUAAAAAAAGCAUAUGUUUUUUUAUAUAGUAUAAAUGUAACAUGACACAGAGGCCCAUUUCUCUUCAAAAUGGGAAAGACGUGUUCGUACCAUUUGGGAAAGACACCUUUUGACCUUUUUAGGUUAGAAAAUGGCUACAAGAAAAAAUCUAUUUGCAUAUACUUGCCCAUCAGAGCAUUAAUUUAAAAUCUAAAACAACUGGAGCGGAGGAAAAGCUGGUCGAGGACCUAAAUGUAUCACCCCACUGCACAUUAAGAGGAGGAUGGUAGGGAAAGUCUCCAAAGCUCACUGUUACAGAAUUACAUCAAUUUUAUCAGUGUGAGAAUUUUGUGCUGCAAUAAAAGAUUUAAGUAUUUUUCACAUUUUUACCAGGUGUGCAAAUAAACAUGGAGAGUUCUGCAAGCUUGCCAGAGAAUAUUUAAAGAGUUUCCCCUCCCAUCCUUCCAAACAAGCCAAAAUGGUGAAUCAUUUUCUUAUUAUCCUGCCAUGAAAUAUAACAGUUAGCAUACUAACUGAGGCCUGGAGUCUUAUAAUCCUUAAACAGAUAGAGAGUACCAAUAAAAGCUCAUCAAACGCCACUGCUAAAGUCUUCCCAUCUGCUCCAGAGCAGGAAACUGCCAAACCCCCUGCUCUUACAGAGGUGUUAACAGGGUGUACUUAGUUUCUAUCACUGUAUAUAGAUAGAAAAUUUGUCUUUGCUAUGACUGUAAAUCUAGGUAACAUUAGUGCUGCAAAAUAAAUACCAAAACAGUGGCGUUAAAGAAUAAACGGUAAAAUAACUUAUACUAGUGCAAUACUAAGCAGUGCAUUUGUCACUUCCUCCUUUAAUUUUGAUGAUUGUUCUAUUUUCAAUUGGAUAAUAGUUUACUUUGACUAGACCUUGGAGGACAUUAUAUAUAUAUAUAUGUAUAUAAAAUUCUAAUUUUUUGUGAAGAAUCAACAACAAGUGAGACACAAUCGUGAAGUGGAAUGAAAUUUAUUGGAUGUGUCAAGC